AUGCCAGCAUUACGAACGUCCAGGACUCAGAAAACCAAACAUGAGCCUGUCCUCCUCAACAUUGGACUGGCAGUCAUACGUAACAUAAAGAAAGCUCUAGGCGCGAUCAAUGAUCCCGAGAGAAAAUACUACCCUUCGGCACCUGCAGACUGGCUUGAGAUCCCAGGCAGCUACCCAAAUCUUCGUGCCGCUUGGAUAACAAAGAAAUACACUGCACGCUGGUUCAAGUUUGUUGAAUUGCAGCGAGAAUUAAGACACAAGGCAGAUGAAUUUUCCAGAAACAAAGACAAACUACGAAAUUGGUUUGAGAGGUGGCGUGUCAAAUUAGAUAGUUUGAGGCUACGUCGGAAAGCACAUCUUCGGCAUAAAGUGCCCAUGAGUGGAUAUUCAUUUUGUGAAGACGAUUCAAUGGACGAAUAUCUUUUGAAGAGUUGCUUGAAGGACCCUGCAAUUCCCAAACAGGUUAAAUCGGUAUCUAUUAACCCCAUAGUCGAUGAAUAUUCUUGCGAAUAUGAAGACAUAAACUAUAUUGUCAUUGUGGGGGAUGAUGCUGGAAAAUGCGAUCCUACUGCUGAGGCAAUGGCCGAGUUAUAUCGAAAGAAAUAUGAAUAUUGUUGCAAAUUUAUAUGUUCAAGUCCCGUCUUUUAUCAAGCUAUGGAGCAGGUUUGCUUUGGAUAUCAUAAAGAUAAUCUGCUGCUGCUUCAGCUUGUAUAA